GAUCUUUCAGAUCCCUUUAUUGAUGAUGGCGAACUCGCGAACCAGCGCACAGCUCUGAGUAUUCCCGAGCCGCCUCCCUUCCAAGUGAUUCGCUACAACCCCGAAGAAGCAAUGGACGUUGAGGAAACCGCCGCGCCUGAGCCCAAUCCGGACUCAACACGCCGAAAGAAAGGAGAUCGCGUUCCUCUCACACCGAAACAGAAAGCAAUGCUCGCGAACUGGAACCCUAGUGAUCGAACGAAAGAGAUUCUCGCCGAGCUUCGAGUCCGAGCGGGCGCGUUGUUUGCCGACAAAGACUGCAUCAAUACCAUGCCGAACGACUUCGACGAUCUUCUCUUUGAAGUCGACAAAGAAGCCACUGCCGGCGCGAAGGUCCGUCCCACGGCGUUGGUGCUUUCGCUGACCGAGAUCUUCCCCUUCCAUCCCCAGACCAUCAAGCUUCGGCUUCGUUUGCUGAAGGCUCGCAGCGAGAACAUGGAGAUCGAAGCGCAGUACGGCCAGAAGAAGAAGGAGUUCCUCGCGUUCGUGGGAAUUGAAGCUCGUUGCGACGUAGAUUCGGAGCUGGGCGGAGCGGAACGGAAGGAAACCGGUGUGGACUGCGGAGACGCGAGCGAAGAUGAGCGAGAUUUACCAUUUACUGGAGGAUCGGAUCGAGAAGUUCAAUCGGUAGGCGAGCGGACGGCAUGUCAGUUAGUCUGA